AUGCGAGGAAGGUGCGAAGUUGGUCUCAAAGGACCUCUAGAAACCCCAAUCGGCAAAGGACAUCGAUCUCUCAAUCUAGCAGUUCGCAAAGAGUUCAAUCUUUACGCGAAUGUUCGUCCAUGUCGAUCGCUUGAAGGCCAUAAAACACUUUACGAUAAUGUCGACGUAGUAACCAUUCGAGAAAACACUGAAGGUGAAUAUUCUGGCAUUGAACACGAGAUAGUUCCGGGUGUCGUUCAGUCGAUAAAAUUGAUCACAGAGGAUGCAUCUCGACGUGUCGCCAAAUACGCAUUUGAGUACGCUAGGCAGAAUUCCCGCAAAUGUGUUACUGCAGUCCAUAAAGCUAAUAUCAUGCGUAUGUCGGAUGGAUUAUUUCUGCACAUUUGCCGCGAACAGGCAUCACAGUAUCCUGAUAUAAAGUUCAAGGAAUCGUACCUGGACACGGUUUGCUUGAAUAUGGUUCAAGAUCCGAGCCAAUACGAUGUUCUUGUUAUGCCCAAUCUUUAUGGUGACAUACUGUCUGACUUGUGUGCAGGCUUAGUUGGAGGCCUUGGGGUUACACCAUCCGGAAAUAUCGGCGAGGAUGCGGCUGUUUUUGAAUCCGUUCACGGUACUGCUCCAGAUAUUGCUGGACAAGAUAAAGCUAAUCCAACAGCCUUGUUGUUAUCAGCAGUUAUGAUGCUUCGAUACAUGAACAUGAAUUCGUUUGCGCAAAAAAUCGAACGUGCUGUAUUCGAUUCAAUUGCCGAAGGAAAGGCAAAAACAGGGGAUUUAGGAGGUGACGUUUAUUUCCAAUCUUCUCGCAAACACAGAUACGUAGAGAAGGGGUUACAGUUGUGUGUAUACAAUUGA